UGACGGCAAUGACAUUUUAUAAAAAUCAAGUGUCCUUGUAAUUGGUCUGUGAUCAAAUAUGUCACAUUAAAAAUGUAUUCUGCUCCGAUUUUCUCCUCUAAUUUUUAAAUAUAAUAACUGUGAUGUGAUUAGUAACUUUAAGGUACUAUGGGCAUUAUAAGUCAUGCUAGCAAGUCGGCAUUCUAUUUAAGUGUCUCAAUUCGUGCUUGAAGAAAGAUAAUGUAUUAUUAUCUAUAAUUGUACAUACAAUAUUCAACUAUGGGCAACCAGAACAGUUGUUGUUGCUACCGGAGCCCAUCACCGAUCAGGAAAGAUAUCGUGAAACUUGAAGACUAUCUUCCCGAGGGAGAAGUUAGUUCUAACAAUAUUCAACACAUCAGCGAGAGAGAACCUGACGAUGGUGACCUUGAUCCCUCGCAGGACCCAAUUGCAGGUACUAUUUUCAUGGAAAGGUCUAAAGCAUCAAUUGAGAAUGGUAUUACACGAAAGCGUAGUCAACAUCAGAUAGCUGAAAAUAAGUUAAAAAAAAGCAGUUCCUGUUCUACUAUAUAUUUAGAUGAUAGCACUGUAUCCCAGCCUAAUUUAAAGAACACAGUCAAAUGUGUUGCUUUGGCAAUAUAUUAUCACAUAAAAAAUAGAACUUCAGAACGUAGAUUGGAUAUAUUUGAUGAAAAAUUGCAUCCCUUGAGUAAAGAAGGAGUAAGUGAUGACUAUGAUAAGUAUAAUCCUGAACAUAAGCAAAUUUACAAAUUCGUAAGAACUUUGUUUAAUGCUGCACAGUUGACUGCGGAGUGUGCUAUUAUCACAUUGGUGUACUUAGAGAGACUUCUCAUUUGUGCUGAGCUUGAUAUUGCUCCUUCUAACUGGAAAAGAAUAGUUUUGGGAGCUAUUUUACUGGCAAGUAAAGUCUGGGAUGAUCAGGCUGUUUGGAAUGUUGACUAUUGCCAAAUAUUGAAGGAUAUCACAGUGGAAGAUAUGAAUGAAUUAGAAAGACAGUUUUUAGAAAUGCUGCAAUUUAAUAUCAACGUUCCCUCAAGUGUAUAUGCUAAAUAUUAUUUUGACUUGCGUACUCUUGCUGAAGCUAAUGAUUUAGCUUUCCCUAGUGAACCUUUGAGCAAAGAAAGAGCACAAAAACUGGAAGCAAUGUCGAGAGUAAUGGAGGAUAAGAUAUCUGCAGAAGUGGUUAAGAAUGGCAUUAAAAAAUGGUCAAGUUUAGACAAUGUCAAUUCUGGCACUGGUGUAAGACGUAGUGUGGCCAUAUUAUCUUAAUUACUCAAGAAUCUUUGGGAUCCAGAUUUAAAUUACAGAUACUUCAAUAUUUAUGGACCUUUUGUAUUUAAAAUAUUAACACUAAAGUGUUGGCAUUUAAUUUGGAUUAUUGGUGAAGAAUAUAAUAUAAGAUUAUUAUUUACAAAGAAUGCUUUGUGGAAUUGCCAAAUAUCAAGAUACAAAGAUGAAAUAUGUUGUGUAUACUGGGUGAAGCGACCGAACUUUUGAUAGUAUAUUGAUUGUGCACAAAAACCUGAAUUGUUUGGGAGUAAUAAUAGUCACUCUAUACAAAGUUUAGGUCAUCAUUUUACAAUACUGAUGAUUCUUAAAAUGAAAGACUUGCAAAAUGAGGUCCAAUAUUUUUUGUAUUAUGUAUAUCCAUACUUAGUUGUUUUGCUACUUAAUUCUUAUACAUAAAUUAUUAUGUUUCUUUAUACUGUAAUUGGCUUCCAGUUUAUUUUAUUAUAAUUUUAAUCUAUCUAGAAGCACUACUAAAAUAGUUGCUUCCAAAAUUAUGAUGCUUAGUGUUAGAAAUUACUAUUAAAAUGUGCAAGUGCAUUUGACUGAAAUAAGAUCUUGUGAUUGUUGUAUGAAUGAUUUAGUCAAUAUUUCUAUAAUUUUUUUAAUUGUAACAAUUAUUGCAUUUAGGCUUUGACAUAGUUAUGUAUGAAAUUAUGCCAAAUUAUUUUAUAAUCCAAUAAUGAAAUAGAAAACGAUAAUGUUAUGCUCGAAAAAUGAUUUUCAUGUGAAAGAUACAAUAUUUAUUAUAAUACUUCACUAUACAAUAUUAUAGGAAUUGAUUAAGUUGAACUAUUAUAAAAGCAAUUAACAUUUUGUGAAUAAGUUAUGCAGUCCAUACUUUAUGUAUCAUUAACAUACCUAAUUAAGCAAAAUAAACAUUUUAUAUGAGACUUUCAAUUGAUA